ACUUUUUACGUUACUUCUGCACGUAAAUACAUUUUGUAUUUCUCAAGAAAUAUGACAGCGACUCGAGCGUCGUAAAGUUACGUACAUAAACACAACACAACCAGCUGCUUUGCUCUCCUGUUUUCCCCUUCCAGCUUCAACUUUGGAAAGAAAGUGUAUGACCAUGACCGAAUAUCUGCUGCUUUCUCUUUAUUUAGUAAAUUCUCUUUUAUUUUCAGUUCCAUUCGCAAAAUGCGGCCUAUUUCACUUUACUAUUUUUACGAUUGUACGUAAAUUUCAGAGGCAACAGUAUUAAAAAAAUAAUCGAUGGAGCAUGAACUAUAAGCGUCACCAACCUUCACGCGAUGAUUGAAGAAAUGUGGGAUAAGUAAAUGAAAAUAAAGCAAUUUUGACGUCUUCUCUACAAUCAUAAUGGAGCAACAAAAUCUUUUCCAUGUUGGAUCUAGAAAAAGUGAAUUGGCUUUAAUUCAAACUAAAUAUGUUAUAAAAUGUCUCAAGGAACAUAACAUUAAUAACAGUUUUAAGAUAAUAACAAUGAAUACAAAAGGUGAUAAGAUAUUGGAUGUUCCAUUACCAAAAAUAGGUGAAAAAUCUUUGUUUACAGAAGAAUUGGAAAGUGCACUAGAAAAUAAUCGGGUCGAUUUUUUAGUUCAUUCGUUAAAAGACUUACCAACGACAUUACGCGAAGGUUUAGCUAUUGGUGCAAUUAUGAAGCGCGAAGACCCUCGUGACGCAGUUGUAAUGUCUAAAGCAUAUAGUACAUUCACUCUAGACACUUUGCCACCCGGUAGUGUUAUUGGAACAAGUUCACUCCGCAGAUCAGCAUACCUUGCCAGAAAUAUGGGUCACUUAAAAGUAGAAACUAUAAGAGGAAAUUUAAAUACAAGAUUUAAAAAACUGGACGACGAAAAUAGUAAAUAUGCUGGUAUUAUAUUAGCAGUAGCAGGUUUAAAACGAAUAGGACUGGAAAAUCGAAUAAGUCAAUAUUUAGAACCAGAAGAAACUCUGUACGCGGUUGGACAAGGUGCUUUGGCAAUUGAGUGUCGAGAGUCAGAUUCAAGGAUUUUAUCUUUGUUACAACCACUAAAUGAUUUGCUUACAACUUUGAGAUGUGUGUCAGAACGAUCAUUUUUAAAGUAUUUAGGUGGUGGAUGCUCAGCACCAGUUGGAGUUGCUACUAUAUUAGAUAAUAAAGAAUUAUGUAUAACAGGUGCUGUUUUAUCACUAGAUGGAAAAACAUUAAUCAAAGAUACUUUAAAAUGUAUAUUAUAUAUACCUAAUGACGAUGGAGAACCGCCAAAAAAGUGCCCUUAUAGAGAACCAAGAACUUUUUGUGGUGUUGUAUCAGGAAAUAUAAGUUCCAUCAGUUUAUACGCUGCUGAAAAAUUAGGCAAAGAUAUUGCUGAAAGUUUAAUUAAAAGAAAUGCUUUGGAAGUUAUGUUAGAAGCCAGAAAUGAAAUUCUGAGUACGGUUUAGUGUUUUAUAAAUACGGGAUUAAUAUUGUACAUAAAACAAAUAUCAUUAUUAUGUAUAAAUUAUAGCAUUAAAAAGGUUUACGGUUGAAUUUUGUUAUAUUUGUAGUUACUGUAUGAUAAGUUA